CUGGUAAUAUCCAUGAUCAUUACAAGAUUUUACAAUUGACUUGGACGACAUUCCUAGGGUUGUUGUUGUUGUUAAUGUGACAGUUCAUAAACCCAGAAAGCUAGAAUCUUCAUUUAGGCCCAUUAGUUUGGUUUGGUGUAUAUAUUUUAUACAUCAAACUUAUAAAAAAAAAAAGAAACAGAUCGAGGAGGACUUGGUGCUGUGAUUUGUUUAGGGUUUAGAAAAUGUCGGGGAACGCAGCGGCGAAGCCUGAAUACGCAACAGAAGACAUAGCCGUGUGGUGGGACAUGAACGACUGUCCUAUUCCCGAGGGUUAUGAUUCUCGUCGGGUUCGUCCGAGUUUAGAAGUGGCGUUCAAGAAACUAGGCUACUCUGGUCAUGUCUCCAUCACUGCAUAUGGAAACCAAACACGAACCCCUGAUCACCUCCUGCGUGGGCUCUCUUCCACUGGAGUCGAUGUUGCACAUACCAUUCUCGAUGUUACAUACACGCGCAUCUUUUCGGAUUUGCUUAAAUGGCAAGACCUUAAUCCUCCUCCAGCUACAAUGAUGCUCAUAUCCGAUACUGUGGACCUUGUCUUCUCAAAACCUCUUGCCUUGCUUCAACAAGUGACGAAAUACAAUCUUUUUCUGGCUUAUUCAUAUAGGCCUUACAAAAUGUCAAUCCUGGUCACCUCUGCAGAGUGGCUCUGGGACAGCUUACUGGCAGAUACAGUUUCAGAGACAAGAACACACUUUCUUCAGAGGUGCAGUGAAAAGGGCGAAGAAUCUACCGGAAUGUUUUAUUGCAAAUUGUUGGAUGAUUGUGAUUGCCAGAGCCUUGAUGAUUUCAGGAAGCAUCUCUCAAGUAAAGAACAUGCCCUCGAAUUUACCACUCGUUGUCUAAGCAGGAGGGUAGUUUUCCGAGUACGAGCAACAACUAUCCCGAGAGGCAAGUUUUCUUAAUGUUAAUUAUAGAUUUUCUACAGAGAGUAAA